GUCAGGCCUGUGAGUCCAACAGGACCCUUUUGUUUAAAAGGUGGAUACAUAACCACUAUUCACUGGGUUAACUACAGCACUGACAGCUGAGAGUCACAUAAGUAUUAUCUGACAAGUGGAAAGUAUGAUUAAUAUGUUACUAUAGCAAGGACUUAUAUUCCCCUUCAACAUGUAUUAAUCAGUCAUGGCUGCCUCAUCUGAUUAUCCUGAGGUCGUGAAAGCAACAAGGUCAACAAGGAGUCUGGACAAUUCAGAGGUUCAUUCUUUUUUUUAUUUCUUGUUACAAAAGUUUAAUUACUUUAUUCAUGAAUAUUAUACUAUCGUUGACAUGUCAGCUGGCAUUUGUUGACUGACAUUGUUGUCAUGUUGACUAAUAUUAAGCAUUACUUCAAAUGAGGCCUGGUCAACAUUUGACUUGACAGUCGGCCAGUAUGUUCACAUAAGGGUGCUUUUAGUUCACAAGAUCCAAGAAAUUUAUGGUUAAUUACGCCUUGUUUGUUUAGUGGAUAACUUCGAUUUACCUCUAUACACCUAAUUGAAGUUUGUGUUUUGUAUUACAUUUGAAAAAACGAAAGUGACAAAUACAUGCCAAAACAUAUCAAAGUCAUUUCCCACGCAGAAGGACAUUAUAUAUUUGUGACUCUUACAUACAGGGGGAACUAACGCGGUUGCACAGUACUGAGAUCAAAUUGCAAGAUGGCGAAUCGUCUAAAGAGAGAAUUAUGCCCAACAUAGCCUGCGAAAGGCAGAGGUUUCUCCUCGCUUAUCGCCGUUGAGAGCGAGGAGAAACGUCUGCCGUUCGCAGGUUAUGCCCACCAAAACGUUAUGCAGAGAUGCAAAAUGAUCUGAAGGGUUGCAAUGCCAAAAAAAAAGUCGAAAACGGACAAAAAUCUUUACGAUAUAGAGAUUGUGCAGGUGGACAAACAAAGGAAACGAUUUAAAAUUCAUUUUGUUGGGUUUGGAUAUCAAUUCGACGAGUGGCGUGAUUUCAGAACCAGCGGUGGAGAGUUUCCGUUUGUUUGGAGAAAAGUUUUGUCCCCGGCGAAGAAUCAUUGGAGGACAGAAGGCAUUUUUUAUACCGAGCUAUUAAAAGGAAGAUGUGGUCAAGCCGGCGGGAAGACCCUGAGGUCAGGAUAGAAUUACCCAUAGAACUUGAUGUGUUUUCCUGUGAUCUCAGUCGGGCAACCAAAAGCAACUUUCAGAUAGCGGAAACAGAAAAAAAAACUACUUAAUUUAUUGACGAACGUCAAAACAAAAAUGAGGGGAAAAAAGGAUAAUCAGAAAGUAAAAUGGUUAACUCGAUCGGUCGACUACUUAAUUGUUUAUUUGGAGCGUAAACGAGGGAAAAUCGCCUUGCCCUGAUGUAUUUUCCCCGCCUUUGAACCCGUCGGACUGGUCUUCUGUAGCCGUCACGAAAGCAGCAAAGCUUGGCAGUAUAGCCAGCGCCAAAGUGCUGAGUUCAAUGCCCAUUUUACGCUGACAAAGUUCAACAAACCGGCUUAAAUUAUAUAUCAAAACGCGCCAAAUUUAUUGUAGGUUUUGAAUCUGGCGAUAACAGGCAAGUUGGAGCAUGCGUAGUCUCAUUCUUGGCCCAGCUUUCGCUCUAUUCGAGAUUUCUUGUAACAGACUUGUAAAAUAUUAUUCAAUAGGUAACAUGAAAUCGCUUGUUUACGUGUGAAGAUAUCUCACUAUUAUUUUUAUAAUUUAGCAAUUAUUUUCUUAUUAGAGUUUAACUACGUGACAAGGGAUCAGUAUUAAACAAUUAUCAUAAUUUUUUAUUGUAAAAGACUGAAGCAAAUUAAGUGGGCAUGGUUCUUGAACAGAAGUAGCAACAGUUUACAACAGUUUAUUGUUAUUUAUUGUCAUUGCUCCUGUAGGCUUGCUAUGGUGACACCAGUGUUCCAGUGUUACAUGUUACUCUUCUUGGUGGUGAGUGGGGUUCAUCUGCUGGUGGGUUAUCAACCAUAAACAGAGAGCUUGCUAUUCACCUUUCAAAUCAUUCAGCGGUGAAGAUUUCUUUACUAGUCCCAGAGGGAGUUUGCAACACUGAAGAAAUAAGAGAAGCACAUGGCUAUGGAAUCACUAUUGUUGAGGCGAAACAACGUGCAGCAUAUGAUCGUCUUGAUUGGUUGAGCAUCCCGCCCCAGGACCACUACAUGGACAUCGUUGUUGGCCAUGGUGUUAAACUUGGUCGGCAAGUACAAUUCAUUAGAGAUUCUGCUCAAUUUCCAAAUUGUAAGUGGGUACAAGUGGUUCACACUGCUCCAGAGGACCUGAGCAGAUACAAAUGCUAUAAUGACCCCAUUUCAAAAGGUGAAACAAAACACGAAUCAGAAGUUGGGCUUUGCAAACUUGCUGAUCUUAUUGUGCCGGUGGGACCCAGACUAAAAGAAGCAUACUCUUCAUAUUUACAGCGAUGCAAGACAAAUCAAGACCUUUUUUCCAUUACUCCGGGCCUUUUUCAAAGGGAGUUUGGGGAUUUAGUGGCAAAACAUUAUCCUAAUGAAGAUGGUGAAUUUAAAGUGUUGUUAUUUGGUCGUGGGGAUGAUGAGGACUUUGAACUCAAAGGAUACAACAUUGCUGCUCACGCAUUUACUGAUCAACGGUUGAAUAAAAAACCUUAUCAUCUAAUCUUUGUCGGAGCGCCUGAAGGAAAGCAAGAAGAAGUUAGAGAAAAACUCCUUCAGCGCGGUAUUGUGGAAGCGCAGUUGACUGUUAGAAAAUUUGUACAAAGUAGAGAGAGACUGAAAGAUUUGCUGUGCGAAGCUGACCUUGCCAUAAUGCCGUCAAAAUCAGAGGGAUUUGGUCUUGUCGCACUUGAGGCCUUGUCUGCAGGACUACCCAUUCUUGCAGGCAGUAAGUCAGGAUUUGCCAAAGCAUUAGAGAAUGUUCUUCAUGGUAAUGCAUGCAUCGUGAAUUCAGAUGAUCCUGCAGAAUGGGCAAAAGCAAUAGAAGCUGUUCAUUUAAGGCAUGGAAUGAGGCUUCAAGAGAUAAAAUCACUUAGAGCAUCUUAUGGAGAGAUGUACUGUUGGAAGGAGCAAUGUGAAGCACUUGUGAACAGAAUGCAGAGAUUGGGACAUGGUAAGAGUUAUUUGUUAAGCGCUGGUGUACUUAAUUAUUCGUGUUGUACCAGACAUCACACUGAUAUAGUUAAUUCGUAGCACAAUAUACAGCUGUUUUGAGAAAGGUUGUCGGUAAAAGUACACGCGACAAUUCCCAAAGGUAUUGUUGGUGGUUUUGAGUUUACUGUUUUUCAAACAAAAACAACAAUGGCACAAACGCCCAUGAACGUAUGCUUGCGAGUGGUAAACUAAAGGAAAGCAACAAAGGUGGAUUUGACACUACAGUGCCAGGAACACUGUAUUGAUCAUAUCCUGUAUUACCUUUCGGGAUUGUCGCGUGCAAAUUGUUCCGACAACCUUUCUCGAAACAGCUGUAUGCAAAUGCAAGAGUGCAGUGAUAUACAUGUGCACAGCUUUUAAAGUUGUAUUGGAAGUUUUCAAUGCAUGAAAAGAUCUGUGAUGUGUAGAAUUAAAAGGUCUCCACCAUGUUUAAGGGUCACAGUUGUCUAUGACUGUCAGAAUUUAUUUUUAGUGUUACUUGGAACGAGUGGUUAUGGGUGUUGGAGAUGUGAAUGUGUUAGAAAAACAUAAUUUUUAUACAUUAUUUUGCAAGAAGCUUAUAAUAAAGGCUUGUUCUCGCACCAGAUGCUUCUGAUAUACCAAAGGAUGUUUCAGUCACUGAAAAGCAGUCUGUUGCAAAAACACAUGCUUCAACGUCUGGUUUCUCGGGAGAGCAAUGUCCAGUUGAUGAACAGCCUAAAACUGAGGAUGCAGCCAGAUUAAGUGAAGAAUCUCCCUCAACUUGCCAUACUCCUAGCAUUUCAGGGCUCACUUCUGACCAAGGUAUGGAAUUACAUUGACAAGGUGCCACUCUUUUUUAUUGUGUCUUAAUAAACUCUUGAUAAUUUUUGGCCCUUUUAAAGGGACGCGAUCACGGUUAUGCGCAUAUGCGCCGUUUGUCUCUUCAGAAUAACUAAAUUCGAAAUCGCCAUUACCGGUACAAUCAUUGAAAGUCUUUCGUUUUAUUCCGACAUCUGUCGCUUUGGCUGGCUUAGUUAUACUUCGGUAGUGGUGAUUAACGUGUGGCUGUGUUGUUUGACUGGUUACGUUUUAAAAAGAAGACGCAAAAAAUAAUGUUUUGAUCAUGGAGGUUCAGAAGAGCAUCGUGGCCGUCCGGCAACAGGACUUUCUCGAGAGUCUUUGGAGAUAGAGAAGCUUAGCCGAUCGAUCUGGUAUGAUUCUAGGAGUAGUGUGUGGCUUACGAAAAGAAUACACGACACUUGGAAAGUGGUUAAAGGCAUGAGUUCGUUCAAGUUUGAUUUGAUUUUUGACUCUAACCUGUCGUUAUACCGCAACAGGCCGCGCGAUCUUCACCGAUCUGGUACACUUGAAAUGUUCCUUGUAUCUUUGCUUUACGAUCGUAUAUGUUUAAGAAUUGAUGUUUUUAAAAUAAAUUAUUGUCUGAAUAUUCUGUUUAUAAUCUAGUUUCUUUAUGUGUUCUACUCGAUAACAUUUAUUUGCGGAACACUGACCCGAUGAUGUAACGCGAAUGAAUUUGUUCAUUUGCUGAUAAGCAACUGAAAUUUAUCCUCAUUUAAGGAUAAUCUUUAUACUCGUACGUUGUGUGUGUUUGUCACCGGUAAGGCGCUUUUUGUAGGUAAUUCUGGGUUUAUAUAAGGCGAACUGAGAGAACAGUAACAAAAUGUUUGUUCACAAAUUUUGUUUGCCGAUCGGUGUCUGCUUUGUUAGCGUGGGUACGACCUCGUAAAAAUACACGUUGGUAAAUGUUUGUUUCAAAGCAGGAGAGGGCUGUAAAUUUUAUUCUUAUCGGCUGCAACAUAUAUCUGCGGAGUAGCAAAGAAUAAACUUGAAUUAUGGGGAUAUAUAAAAUCAAACCAAAUGCCCGGAAAUACUCUCGCGUCGCAAACAAUGAAUUUGAAUUUUGUAAAUUUACUUGCGUGCAUCUAACUCACUUCCCAUUGGUUUAAAAACAAUCAGCUACUGUCAGAACUCACACAUGCGCAUUAUCGUGAACCAGUCCCUUUAAAGAGUAACUGUUUUUUUUUUUUCACUUUCUGCUAUUCACCAUUUUCACAAAGACGAUAACACACCUUGUGUACUUUCUGAAAUUUUGCAUAACCUUUGUCUUUGAUUUCUCUUGGGACAGGUGUAAUUCCCAGGAGAAAUUGGAAAAAAUCGGUUAUGCAAAAUUUGGGGGGUAAACAAGAUGCAUUACGGUCUAUGUGAAAAUGGUGAAAAGCUAAAGAAUGCUCUGUUUGUGUAAAAGCUUUCCCACACAACAACGAGUUGAGAAGCUUGCCUCUCAGUUUCCUUAUACAUUCGUAAAUUGUAAUAAGAAGCCGUAAUUAACUUGUAGUUAAUACGCUUUUAAUCAAUAAUUUUCAGAAACAGCAAACACUGUUAAGAUGUCAAUCACCACACGUGAUUUAAGUAGUGAAUUGGAGGACGUCGUGGAUAGAAUGUUAAGGCAACAACUUAAAGCAUACUUGGAAUACAAUAAAAAAAACAAGCUUUCUACAGCCAGCGGACUGAGUGACUUCAUUAAGCAUGUAGAAAAUACUUACAACUUUUAAUGAAGCUGCAGAGAGGUUUUUGGUAACUGAUGAUAUGAAAAAAAAAGUCAACUUGGUGACACUCAGAUUAAAGACUAUUAUUGAGGAAGAAAGCUAUUUGACUUGCAAGAAAGCUCUUAUGGAAAAGUCAGGUGAGUUGGUUUAGCACAAUUUCUUGGGCAAUUAUCUUUAGAGGUCUUAAGACAAGAAACUGAUUGAAUUCUCUGCUAGUGCUUUACAGCAAUGUACUCAUAAGUAUACAUGUACAUGUAAAAAUUAAUCGGUCAUCUUAGAGACUUCAAUCGAGAUAAUGGAACAAUAGACGUUUUUACCGAUACGGCGGCCAUAUUGAAUUAAUUCUAUUCAAGGAGUAUUAUGCGAUGCCCAGGGGGCAUGAGCACGAUCCGUUGUAUUCGCCAAGUAUUAGAAAUAUGGCCUUUCGACACUGUACUGUUUGUAUAUUUCUCGGGGAAAAAGGUGAUCAUUAUUACAUCCAAACGCGGCACAACGACCUUUUUCCCAUUAGAAUCUUAUCCUAAGAAAACUUAAAGAAAAAAUGCCCCGAAAGGCGCUCGUAAAUACUAAACAGAUUAUGUGCUUAUGCCCCUGGGCAUCCCAUAAUACUCCUUAAAUCUAACUUAUUCAACGUUGUGUACAAGAUUUUAAAAACACUUCAAAGCAUAACUUAAGAUUAUGUACUAAUAAAUCAACGCGGGAUAAAAGUAAAUUUGCCAAACUGCUCGGCCAAUGACAUUGUGUAUAAAGGUUGGUUGCUUCUUGACAGCAGCUAUCCUGGGUCAAAAGAGCCAGUGUUUUGAAAUGAUCAUUCACCCCAUGUAAGGGAAUUCAAGUUGCCUGGCUGUGAGUAUUUUCUGUAACAGUGCAUUCACAAAAGAUGAAUUCAAUGCAUAUUUUUUGUUAUUUUACUCUGUGUUAGCAAUCAGCCGUAACGUGUCACCUUCAACUGAAUCAGAUAAGGAAGCAGCUUCACCUCUAACUGACACAAGCCCAGAAGAUUCUGAGGUAGGUGCUUUGUACUUGAGACUAAAAAUGAUAACAAGUAAAGACUAGAAAGGAAAAGAAAUCGGGCUGUUGCAUGGGGUGCAUGUGUGGCUGUGUUGUUUGACUGGUUACGUUUUAAAAAGAAGACGCAAAAAAUAAUGUUUUGAUCAUGGAGGUUCAGAAGAGCAUCGUGGCCGUCCGGCAACAGGACUUUCUCGAGAGUCUUUGGAGAUAGAAAAGCUUAGCCGAUCGAUCUUGUAUGAUUCUAGGAGUAGUGUGUGGCUUACGAAAAGAAUAAACGACACUUGGAAAGUGGUUAAAGGCAUGAGUUCGUUCAACUUUGAUUUGAUUUUUGACCGCACCUGUCGUUAUACCGCAACAGGCCGCGCGAUCUUCACCGAUCUGGUACACUUGAAAUGUUCCUUGUAUCUUUGCUUUACGAUCGUAUAUGUUUAAGAAUCGAUGUUUUUAAAAUAAAUUAUUGUCUGAAUAUUCUGUUUAUAAUCUAGUUUCUUUAUGUGUUCUACUCGAUAACAUUUAUUUGUGGAACACUGACCCGAUGAUGUAACGCGAAUGAAUUUGUUCAUUUGCUGAUAGGCAACUGAAAUUUAUCCUCAUUUGAGGAUAAUCUUUAUACUCAUACGUUGUGUGUGUUUGUCACCGGUAAGGCGCUUUUUGUAGGUAAUUCUGGGUUUAUAUAAGGCGAACUGAGAGAACAGUAACAAAAUGCUUGUUUACAAAUUUUGUUUGCCGAUCGGUGUCUGCUUUGUUAGCGUGGGUACGACCUCGUAAAAAUACACGUUGGUAAUGUUUGUUUCAAAGCAGGAGAGGGCUGUAAAUUUUAUUCUUAUCGGCUGCAACAUAUAUCUGAGGAGUAGCAAAGAAUAAACUUGAAUUAUGGGGAUAUAUAAAAUCAAACCACAUGCCCGGGAAUACUCUCGCGUCGCAAACAAUGAAUUUGAAUAUUGUAAAUUUACUUGCGUGCAUCUAACUCGCUUCCGAUUGGUUUAAAAACAAUCAGCUACUGUCAGAACUCACACAUGCGCAUUAUCGUGAACCAGUCCCUUAAAAGAGUAACUGUUUUUUUUUUUCACUUUCUGCUAUUCACCAUUUUCACAAAGACGAUAACACACCUUGUGUACCUUCCGAAAUUUUGCAUAACCUUUGUCUUUGAUUUCUCUUGGGACAGAUGUAAUUCCCAGGAGAAAUUGGAAACAAUCGGUUAUGCAAAAUUUGGGGGGUAAACAAGAUGCAUUACGGUCUAUGUGAAAAUGGUGAAAAGCUAAAGAAUGCUCUGUUUGUGUAAAAGCUUUCCCACACAACAACGAGUUGAGAAGCUUGCCUCUCAGUUUCCUUAUACAUUCGUAAAUUGUAAUAAGAAGCCGUAAUUAACUUGUAGUUAAUACGCUUUUAAUCAAUAAUUUUCAGAAACAGCAAACACUGUUAAGAUGUCAAUCACCACACGUGAUUUAAGUAGUGAAUUGGAGGACGUCGUGGAUAGAAUGUUAAGGCAACAACUUAAAGCAUACUUGGAAUACAAUAAAAAAAACAAGCUUUCUACAGCCAGCGGACUGAGUGACUUCAUUAAGCAUGUAGAAAAUACUUACAACUUUACUUUAACAUCUGUGGGUGUUGGAUCUUUGGUAAUAAAAGGUCAGUGUCCUGACCUGCAAAGCCUGGAAAGUCUGUGGAAUGAUUAUUGUUCUGGUGUCCUGAAUGAAGCUGCAGAGAGGUUUUUGGUAACUGAUGAUAUGAAAAAAAAAGUCAACUUGGUGACACUCAGAUUAAAGACUAUUAUUGAGGAAGAAAGCUAUUUGACUUGCAAGAAAGCUCUUAUGGAAAAGUCAGGUGAGUUGGUUUAGCACAAUUUCUUGGGCAAUUAUCUUUAGAGGUCUUAAGACAAGAAACUGAUUGAAUUCUCUGCUAGUGCUUUACAGCAAUGUACUCAUAAGUAUACAUGUACAUGUAAAAAUUAAUCGGUCAUCUUAGAGACUUCAAUCGAGAUAAUGGAACAAUAGACGUUUUUACCGAUACGGCGGCCAUAUUGAAUUAAUUCUAUUCAAGGAGUAUUAUGCGAUGCCCAGGGGGCAUGAGCACGAUCCGUUGUAUUCGCCAAGUAUUAGAAAUAUGGCCUUUCGACACUGUACUGUUUGUAUAUUUCUCGGGGAAAAAGGUGAUCAUUAUUACAUCCAAACGCGGCACAACGACCUUUUUCCCAUUAGAAUCUUAUCCUAAGAAAACUUAAAGAAAAAAUGCCCCGAAAGGCGCUCGUAAAUACUAAACAGAUUAUGUGCUUAUGCCCCUGGGCAUCCCAUAAUACUCCUUAAAUCUAACUUAUUCAACGUUGUGUACAAGAUUUUAAAAACACUUCAAAGCAUAACUUAAGAUUAUGUACUAAUAAAUCAACGCGGGAUAAAAGUAAAUUUGCCAAACUGCUCGGCCAAUGACAUUGUGUAUAAAGGUUGGUUGCUUCUUGACAGCAGCUAUCCUGGGUCAAAAGAGCCAGUGUUUUGAAAUGAUCAUUCACCCCAUGUAAGGGAAUUCAAGUUGCCUGGCUGUGAGUAUUUUCUGUAACAGUGCAUUCACAAAAGAUGAAUUCAAUGCAUAUUUUUUGUUAUUUUACUCUGUGUUAGCAAUCAGCCGUAGCGUGUCACCUUCAACUGAAUCAGACAAGGAAGCAGCUUCACCUCUAACUGACACAAGCCCAGAAGAUUCUGAGGUAGGUGCUUUGUACUUGAGACUAAAAAUGAUAACAAGUAAAGACUAGAAAGGAAAAGAAAUCGGGCUGUUGCAUGGGGUGCAAUCUGCAGAAAUAAUAGCUCGGAAAAAAGUAUGACAGUUUUCAGACCCAGUUUUAUUAGACAACGUCAAAGAGAAAGACUGGUUGGAUUACAUUUAAUAAGUUGGAAUUGUAUGAAAAUAUUAUAAUGGAAAGAUUGAGCUAUUUGGAAAAAAUAGCUCAUAUGUCAGUGGUUUGAGCGUAUGUAUCUUCGUGGGUUUGUGGUUGACGACAGGGUUAAUUAAAGGGCCAUGCUUCAAAUUAGGGUUUCGGAUAUAGGUCUGGCUUUGUGUGCUCGUAUGUCUGUUGCAGGGACUAGUAAAGUUGAAGGUACUAUUAGUGGGUGCUUAGGAACCAAUGAGAUUUUGGCAUCUAAACAUGAUUUUGCUUAAGCUCAAACAAGGGCACUUUCAGACCGCCAUCUUAAUUCUUCACAUUUUUUUCAUCUUUUAUUACGGUUACUAAGGGUGUCUUGAAGCAUAACACUGAAAUAUAGCUGAAAUAUCUUCAUGAUUCAAACGCUGAAUAUCUUAGUGUGGGUGCGGCUUAACUUAAGUAGAAACAAUAGCGUUAGGAAAUAAAAUUGGAAGAAGCUAAUUGACAGAUAUUAUUGCUUAAUUGAGUGGAAUAACAUGAUAUCAAUGCUGUCUAUCAGUAUUUCGGCAGUUUGAUGAUUAUCUUAGAAGGAAAUGUGUAGUUCCAGAAAAUAUUCAUAGCCUCCUCCCUGCCACGGAGGGCAAGGGGAGGGGGGGUCCAGAAGGAGGCACAUUUCGAGGGGGUGGGGAGUUGCUUAAAGAGGUUUUUUUUUUCGGGGGAUCUGGAUAAGAUUGGUGAGGUACUAAUAAAUUAGUAACGGAACUGCCACAUAAGCUGUUAACCAAACUGCAGUUUUAUAAUUAACCUUAACGAUAUGGAAAGUCACUCAGUCAACGACAAGUUCUGGAAAUUGUAAAUAUUUUAAUUUCUUUCAAAGUGCAACCUCCGCAUCCACCGGUAUAUGGAAAAGUAAUAAAUUAUAUACCCAGCUUUUUUUGUGGGCCAUUCAUUUUAGAAAAAGAACAUUUAAGACACUGGUAAAAUUGUUGGAAUAAACGUUUUAAGUUGUUGUCUAAAUACAGUAUGUUGCCCAGUAUCCGGACGGUACCAGUAUCCGGACACUUGAAACAAAAACUCAAAUUUUGAGGUGCCCUUUUCAGUUCUCGGUAAACGAAGUAUUUCGAAUGAAAGCUGAACAUUUCAGCUUUAAGAUGAAAGUUUUGGCGAUUUGAAAGCUUGCGAAACAGUCGCAGAAGACGCCGUUCUGAUCAAGUGAAUAGACUUUUCAUGGCUAAUAUUUACGCUGUUUAUUGCGCAGUAAAAUUAGUGCUGCUCAGAAAAGGGAGGGUAAUGUGUGAUAUUUUCAAAAAAACUGUUUUAUUUUUAACGUGAAGAUACUUAAGGAAGUCAGGUUUUGAGAAAGUUUAUUAAUUCUUCUUGAGAUUCUAUUUGUUUGGAAUAACGGAGGCCAGAAACAUUCACUAAGUAUUGAUGUCAGGUGCCCAGUAUCCGGACAGUUUUUUCUUUGCUGUACAGAAUCGAUGAAUUAGCUAUGUACAUUAUCCGGAUAAGAUUUAUUUCAUAUCAGUAACUAUAAUUAAAGCUUAGGAUAUAUGAUAUAGUCGUAAAAUGUAAUUCUACUCAACUCUGUAUGGAAAUUUUCUUCACUCAUUCAGAGGCGACUUGAUUUCGUGUGCACGGCUUGUUUCGCGUGACUGCAUUUUCUAUAUAUAACCGAAAGCGUCUGAGUUGAACCUGGAAUUCUCAUACUUACCCCAGUUGUGACUGCUAUGGGGUUGCAACGGUCUCAAAAAUGUCACAAAGGGAUUGAGAGAUGUGAAAGAAGGAGGAAUUAGUGCUAGAAAAGCCCGCUUAUUGUGGGCACUGAGCAUGAAGAAAUCAACACUGCAGGUCAGACUAAAUAGGAGAGUGACCUUUGACCGUCGGAUUGAGGUCCCUUCCCCGAGCUUUUUUUUUUUAAUAAAAAAUGAAGAAAAAAAGUCUUUUGUAGAUUGGCUAAUUGAGCUUGCAAACUGCGGCUUCGGUAUGUCCACGGAUGCCUUCCUUAAAUCAGUGAAAAAGUUCCUAGACAAGGAAGUGAGAAUUAUACCGUUUUUAAGACAGCCGCUCGCGUUCCCCGCCAUACCCCAGUCAUUUGUUGUUUUAUUUCACGAUGCUACGUUAUAUUUUUGGAAUCGAUUGCCAGACUACUUUGCAAGUGCAAGAGAAGCUUAUAAGUCUCUUGCCUGUCGAAAUUUAUGUACAGUUACGUUGUUAUUGUUGUGUCCGGAUACUGGGCCAGCUGUCCGGAUACUGGGCAACAUAGGAGCUCUGCAAAAAUAUUAAUUUCGAGAUGGAAACAAAGGCAAGAAAGUUUAACUGUCUCUCGUCAUAUUAAGGACUAAAUAGAUUUUCUCUGGGCGAAAUUUCAGAGCUCUUGCGAUUAACAAAGGAAAGUUAUUGCAAUCUUAAACUGAAGUGUCCGGAUACUGGGCAACAUACUGUAUUACAACUGUCUGAUUCGCAUAAAAUUGGUCUUUAAAUGAGGGAAUGUCGAUUCAGAGAACUUAGCUCCGAAAUUUCCCAACGAGGCGGGUCCAUGUUCCUCACUCCACUAUCCCCCCUCCCCCGCAGACGUUCUUAAGGGUUCGUCACGCGUUCCUGUUUCUCCAAUGUUAGUGGGGCAGGAACGCGUGACGAACCCCUAAGAACGUCUGCGUGGGAGGUUAAUUUUUGCCUAACCCGGCCAGGAUUGGUCCCUUACCUGCUGAGCUAAAAUUUAGGUAGAACACUGCAGUCCCAGGGAUCAAACCCGUCACUUUCCGCUCUUCCGCCCAGCGGUCGAUCAAAGGGGCUAACCCUACCGAGAUUUAAAUUACAUUUCUUGUUUAAUCUGCCUGUGUUUCGAAAGUAAAUCCCCCGGGGGGCACUCAAAUAAGUUCGGGUAGAGGUGUGCCGCCAAGCCCUUGAAACCCUGACCCUUGAUUGCUCAUUUUGCUACGCUGUUUAAGACGAGACGUUAUAUUAUGACCCUGAUUCGUUACGUUUUGCAUACAGAAUUAAGUGAUUUUUCAAAGUGAAAUCAUGGAAUUAGAUUUUUUGGGAAAACCCGUUCCUUCCACAAAUCGAGACCACUCAUUUCAAGACUUUAAAUAGGGAAAUUGUAUAACUAUGUUUAAGACUCAAGAACCUGAAAACCAUGCCCUGUUCUGAAGCACAUACCUGCCCUUGGCCAAAUAAAGGAGCACUCCCCCUUCGGAAGGAAAACUAGAUUGAACAACCAGGACCAGGAAGUAGAUAUUGUAAGGGAAUUGAUCUGCGGGACUUUAUGUAUUAAAACGAGCCGUAUACUCUCUAACGAGUCUAACAGACAGCACAUUGUUAGCUCCAUCGUUACUUUGAUAGGGAUUUCAAUAUUUCUCGUUGCUCACAGAAGGUAAACAUCUUCGUUUUGUUCUUAGGCGAUAGGUAGAAGGGCUUUGAUGAACGCUUUACGUGACGGUAACACUCACAAAUCUUUCAAACGUGUCUCCACUCCGCCAGAGCCGCCAAACAAGCCCGUCCCUACCCCGCUAGAACCCCCAAACAGGCCCCUACUGUUCCUCCCUGAAAGACCAAGAAGGCCUGGUCGACCUCCACCUUCUCCUCGGUCCCAGCACGAGCCGAGAGUGUCUCCAACGCGUAUGAUAGGCAGUAAAUCUCGAUCACCGUUGCCUCGAAGUCGGAUUGUUAGCGCUUCACCAGGUACCCCUAGCACAGAGAAACGCUCGUCUGAUAACCCCCCUGAUAAGCCGCUACCCCCUGCUUCUAAAAAGAGGCCGGUUCCACGUCGUAAUAUACCCGAAUCAGAGCAGUUUCGAAAGGGCCGUGACGCCACCGUGACCGUUCAGUUGGUUCUUACACGCUCCAUUAAAGUUGAUGUAGCGGCUUCUACCCAAGACUUGGUUCGUGCCGCCGCCAGUACUUUUAAGCUUUCUGAGGAUUCGUUUGCAUUGUGGUAAGGCGAUUUCUAUUUUUGAUUAAACCUCUUUAAUUACCCCCUUGCCAUUAAGAGGAACUGAAGUGUAUAAUUUUAGCAGUUAGUCGUUCUAUCUUGACAUUAUCAUGCUGUGACUGAAACUCUUAUCUAGCCUAAGAAAACUGCAAAAGGUCUAGCAAACAUACUGAUGCACUGCCCAGCUGCCGAUUGGUCGUGCCGCGUGGGAAAUUUUCUGAAACAAUCAGGAGCACUUCCCAGAUCUGGGUAGUGACACGUCAUCAGACGGUAUGGAAUUUCUCCGCUCGUUCCUCAGACGUCAUUUCGCGGGAAACCAGUAGUAGCGUCGCAAAAUGAUGGCUGUUUUCACAAGCUAACUCUUAUCGGGUUUUAAGCCGUAAGGUGGCGGAGGUAUUAAGGGUGUGAAUUGCGUCAGCAAGAAAUUUUAUUUUUCCUAUUCAUUAUUUUAGGUUUAUGAGAAAUGGCCAGCUUGCUGCCCUUCAAGAUAAAGAUCUAGAGGGAAUUCUCAACUCCCCAGCAAACAACAUGGAAACUAUUUACUGCUAUGAAAAUAAACCUCAGUAA